CCUCCGCGCGCGCCGCUUCGGCUCCAUCUUGAGGCUCCUCCUCCGCGGGAGCCCGGCGCCAAACUCGAAGCGCAAGAUGGCGGCGGAGAGGAUGUUCAACCGGCCCGUGUGCGUGCAAGUGAGAUGCCGGGACUGCGAGGAGAGGAUUUAGCUGUUCGAUUGACUGAUGAUACUGAUCCUUUUUUCCUUUAUAACCUUGUCAUAUCUGAGGAAGAUUUUCAAAGUUUAAAAUCCCAACAAGGUCUCUUGGUAGACUUCUCUGCUUUUCCACAAAAAUUUAUAGAUCUGCUUCAGCAAUGCAUUCAGGAACAGAACAAAGAUAUUCCAAGGUUUUUGCUGCAGUUAGUUUCUUCAGCAUCUGUUCUAGAUCACACACCUGUGUCCUUAAAUGUAGUGGAGACUAACCCUUUUAAACAUCUUACCCACCUGUCUCUCAAAUUCCUACCAGGAAAUGAUGCAGAAGUAAAGAAGUUUUUAGCCAGCUGUUUGAAAUGCCUUAAGGACGACAAAAUGAUGUUGGAAGAAAAGCUUAAGAAAACUGAAGAGGAUCUUACCAGACAACUGAGCUACAGUCAACAAAGUUUGUCAGAGAAGAGCCGAGAACUGGACAAACUAAAAAAUGAAUGGACAUCAUACACGACAGCUCUAAAUAACAAACACACACAGGAGCUGACAAAUGAAAAGGAAAGAUCUCUCCAGGCCCAAGCUCAGUACCAACAACAGCAUGAACAACAGAAAAGGGAAUUAGAAAAUUCGCAUCAGAAAAGUAUUCAACAGUUGCAGAACAGACUGUCAGAACUUGAGGUCAUCAAUAAAGAUCUGACGGAAAGGAAAUACAAAGGAGACUCCACAGUCAGAGAACUGAAAGCAAAGCUUUCUGGAAUAGAAGAUGAAUGUCAAAGAGCAAAGCAGGAGGUGCUGUCACUGCGUCGGGAGAACACUACUCUGGAUGCUGAAUGUCAUGAAAAAGAGAAACUCAUUAAUCAACUGCAGACACGGGUUGCUGUUCUGGAGCAGGAGAUCAAAGAUAAAGAUCAGCUAGUUAUUAGAACAAAAGAAGUAUUAGAUGCGACACAAGAACAAAAGGCCAUACUGGAAGAGAGUACAGAGAAAAAACAAAGUCAUAUUGAAAAACUGGAGACAACAAUUAAGUCACUGUCAGCUGAACUUCUUAAGGCUAAUGAAAUUAUCAAGAAGUUACAAGGAGAUUUGAAAACUCUAAUGAGUAAACUAAAGUUGAAAAAUACAGUAACAAUUCAACAGGAAAAACUGUUGGCAGAAAAAGAAGAGAGACUUCAAAAAGAACAGAGGGAAUUGCAGGAGAUGGGACAAUCUCUUCGAAUGAAAGAGCAGGAGGUUUGCAAGCUACAAGAACAGCUUGAAACUACAAUGCAAAAACUAGAAGAAAGUAAGCAGUUACUGAAAACCAAUGAAAAUGUAAUCACAUGGUUAAACAAACAGCUGAAUGAAAUUCAGAUGGCAAAGAAGCUAGAGACUUCGGCCGGUACGCAGGGUGGCGUUCGGACUGCCCUUUCCCCUCAUGGCAUGCCUGACCGACCAUCGUUUCCCAGCUCAGGAAUCAGCCAUCCCAUUUCCCCUCUGUAUGCCUUCCAGAACUUGCCAGAACCAGCACACAACAAAAACGUCAAUUCGCAGUGUCCAGUACCAAAGAUUCAGUUUAACAUGCAGCUGUCUAAAAUGAAUCGAUGUUCUGAUGUUCAGACAGUGACUGCAACUAGUCAUCCAGCAAAUAAAGAGAAUGGUGAUAAUUUGGGCCUGGAAUCAAAGUAUUUCAAGAAGAAAGAUGACAGCAUUCCUUUACGAGGGCUUAGUCAAAAUACACUUAACUCAGUAUCUUGUUUCUGCUGUUCUACAGAGUACCUGAAACCCUACUUAGCAACAGCAGCCCAGCUGCCACCCAAAGCUGCAGUAACACCAGCCUCAGCUUAUUUUCCUGGACAGUAGGCAGGAUUCUUAAAGUAAGAGUCCUCUUUCAACCAUUCGGGGGAUUUUGGGAUGUCCUGUAUUAAUGAGUAAAGUAUCAACGUGAAUUGAUACAGUUUUGUAAGUCUGAAUCUGUUUUGUUUGAGAAAGCUAUCUUGGCUGACUUGGAUGUAUUUUCAUGGUACUUGAGCCCAGUCAGAAAAGAGGGAGCUUUAAGCGGCCUUGGUGGGAGCAGCACUGUAGUUAAGCCACUGGGGCUGCGCAGAAUUUUCUCUUGGUGUAUUGGAGAGCCCGUUGUCUUCCUAAAAACCCACCAAAGCGCACUGACUUUUUUAUUGUAGGAACUGGUAAGCGUGGCUCUAACAGAUGACACAUAUGCUCUGGCAUUCCCUGAGAGAAGGUUUUGCUAGGAAUACUUUUCUUGACUCCUUGCAGAUAAAGGAUGGUGCAGAUAGAAAGCACAGGGGAACCGGGUGAUGCUCAGUUUUAGGGAGUCAAGCUUGUAAGUUGGCAUGGCUGCCUGACUGAUCUUCACAGACAGUUUUAAUUUUAAAGACUCGCUUAAUUUUGGAACCAGGUUACUUGAAUUGCACAUAGACUUACAGAUAAUCUAAAUAAAGAUAUAAAAUUAUUUCACUGAAGGUAUAAAAUUAAAAGUUUUUAAAAAAUUCUCACUCUUGGUUCCCCUAACUUAUCUGUGAAUCUGCCAGUAUUAUUUUCCACAGGUCACCAUGCACAAAACGUAAGGUGAUGUAUCUGAACAGGUAAUUGACAGUAUCCCAACAUCCAAAAGCUACUUUAUUUUUACUAAAUCCUCCUUUACAACUGUGCAAGUGUACAGAAAUUUAAGAUACUCCAAGUUUAGGGUUGAUGGAGUCAAUUCAGCUUGUUCUACAACCUGGGUUCAAAUGCUAGAAUUGCAUAACAGGUUCAUUCCAGGCCAUCUUUUAGCAGGUGAAGUAUUUGUAACAUGUAAAAUACACUUGUAAAAUUACUAUUUACAUACUUUAAUUGUUAAGGAUAUUUUGUACCUUUUACCGUGGUUAUUUAAGUGGUUUGUUUUGCAGUACAAAAUGUGUAUAUUUGUUUAUAAAUCAGUGCCAUGGGAAUGUAAAUUCACGUGUUUGGGCGUUUGUAAGUUUCAAUGAAAAUAUUAAAUGGUUUUUAUCAAAAA